AUGACUGUCCAUCUGAACGAUGACGAGCUGUUCGCCAGUGCUAUAUCCUCGUACCGCGAAGCCUUUUUGGUCCAACACUCCCACUUACCGGAAUCCGAACGAACUCAGCUCUGGGUUGAACGAUUAAGCCAGUUUAUCCCGGUCUCCAACGACUGGGAUACCAACUGUGAGCCCGCUGGGAGCCUCGGGAAACGGACACGACAUGAUACGACUCCACGGACGUUGCCAUAUUCUGAGUCUGGUCUUCCUCGGGCAAAACGGAGAGCCACCACCCCGGAUCUUUCGGUCGACCUAGUUCGGAACCACUCCCACGCCUCUUCGCCCGACCUCACUCGGAAUGUCGCAUCCCCCUCGGAAGAAGGCACCUACCGACACACGCCCAUGGUGAGGUCCCAGAGCCUACAGGUCCCAGGAUCCUACUGGCGUCAACAAGCUGGCGCAGUGAUGGAGAAACGCCAAUCAUUCGGCACAGUACCGACCCAACAUCCUCUCCCCCAUGUCGACGAAUAUUCGCCAUCCGAAUACACGAAGUAUUUGGAUAACCAUUCUGAUCAACCAUAUGACUCGGCCUUGACUUUCGAACUCGCGAAUCAUGGAGAAAACGGAUCGACGUUCCCCCAAUACCCUGACCGGACGACCCCCUGGACCGAGCAAGGCCCAGCAACCGCGGCAAAUAUGUCGAGGAGCACAACUACUGACUCCCUGGUGGGCGGGAUGAACAUGUUCCGCUUCGACUCCACCGGACCCUCCCACUAUCAAGAGCAGGUCUACUCCAUAUCGCCAGAGUGGGUGCCCACGACAGCCUCCGGUUUGCCGUAUAAUAUCCCCUUCACCCCUCCUUUGUAUCCUGACCUAGAUCCCGCAAUGUCUGCUCCCUUUUCCUUCCCACAGUUCUCGGCAUCUGCUCCCCCAACCACGUCCUUCCACUACCCUAUGCCCCACCCCUACCCACAAUUCGAUGCAGUGGACAUGAAGCCCUCCGACUCAGUUGACAGUCUAUACUCGGCGACCCUGCGCUCCCGCGCCGCACGCCGUACCCAAGAGCAAAUUGCUCAAAGUACCCGCCCCAUCGCUCCAAAACUCGAGUCCCACGGCAACAGCUUGCCGCAAAGUGACUCUCACAAGAUGGUUCGCAUUGCUUCAUCGGACGGCACAACCAAGGAGGUUGCCGCCAUCCCCAAGGCCUCCGUGCGGCGGCCACCGCGACCCAAGACAUACUGCCAUCUGUGCACAGACCAUCCGGAUGGCUUCCACGGCGAGCACGAGCUGCGCCGCCACAUCGAGCGUGUGCAUGCUUCCGUCCGAACGGUCUGGAUUUGCAACGAUAUCUCGCCUGGCAAGUAUUUCCUUGCAAAUUGCAAGGCUUGUCGCAAUGGCAAGCGGUACGGCGCCAAUUAUAAUGCUGCUGCACAUCUGCGUCGCACACACUUCAAUCCUUGUGAGCGGGGCCGUGGCGGUCGUGGCAAGGAUAGCGAAAAUCGCGGUGGGAAGGGCGGCGGCAACCAGCCUGCCAUGGAAGUCUUGAAACAUUGGAUGAUUGCUACCGAGGAAAUCACCGAUCAGGCGACUGGCGACGUCAAAUCCAAAGUUCUGGUUCGGAAUGAUGGCAGUAGCGAUCCAACCAGAGACCCUGGGUAUGAACUCGCUGUCGCUGCAUGUGGCUUUGUCAAAGACCAGCCUCCCUAUAUUGUGGAGUCCGCGUUGUUGCAGGAGUCUGACCAAUUCCCUGACUUUUCCGAAGCGCCUUUCGAGUUUGACUUCGAGUUGGAUGUUGAUCUCUCGGGGAAGGACGAGACGUCGGCAGGAUCUCCGUUCUCCGACUCGCAGUCAUCCUGCAUGCCGGAUAUUGAUUCGUAUGUCAAGUGA